CAUCGAAUGCGCCUGCGGCGCCGCUGUUUUUCCCGUCGAUGGGGUUUGCAUCCCGGUGAUUCUCAUAUCCCUUCUUUACGUUUUACCAUGUUUGUUUACGUUCUUCUUACCGUCACGUAGCGGAGACAUGUGUCAACGUACGAAAGUUGUUCGCGACAGGCUGAUUUGACGCUAACUAAGAGAAAUGGUGUCGCUAGUUUUAUGGGUGACCAAGUUUCUGGUGAGGCAACGGCUGCUCUUUGCGUCGUUCAUCGUAAUCUGGAUCGUCGGCAUGGCGAUAACCAUAUGCCUGAUUGGACGUACUGACGACGCCAAGGCCAAGUAUCCGGACACCACUGCCGCGCUGUACAAUGCGGGACAACACAAGAUGCAGCUGUCCCAUAGCCUCACCAAGGCGAAAGCGAUGAAGUAUUGCAAUCCGUACAAUAGUAUAUCGCUUUGGCAGGAAGGCAAAGUUCCGAGCAACAAUUUCACUCUGGAAGCCGUAGCCAUAAUGGUGCGUCAUGGAGAGCGCAUGCCUCUGCGGCGAGUCCGCAACCAUCACCUUCUCAGCUGUCGCCAGCCUCCGAGCACGAGCUCGCCUUUCGUCGGCAGGAACAGCCCCUUGCAUUCUUUCGUCAAUGUCAUAACUAAGCACCCCUUGCUCCCACUGAAGAACAUCUUUGCCACCAUCGCAACCCACCCUAACCAGAGCACAUGCGCGGAGGGGCAGCUCACUUGGGAAGGUGUAGUCCAGCACGUCAACAUGGGGGCCAGCCUCCACGAAGCCUACCACUCCGGCCCAUGGAGGCUCCUGCCCGAUGACUGGGACGCACGCUCUGUUAAGCUGUACAGCACUGUCUUCUCCCGCACAUACCAGAGCGCUCUGGCAUUCCUCUACGGCUUCCUGCCAAAGUUCUCGUUCGACAGGCUCCACCUGGUACCCUCGCGAGACAUCAACUUCUGCAUGGGGCCGCACUGCGCCUGCCCGCAGCUCAACACGUACGAGAGGCUCUUCACGCGCAAGACCAAGGUCAUGCUCAAGAACCACCUGGCCGUUGUGCAGCUGCUGAACACGCUCGGCAUGGUGCUGAGCCCGGGGGGGAACAACUCGGAGUUCGUAGCGCCACGGCCAAUCAUGGACGGACUGAUGGGCUUCGUGUGCCAGCGCAAGCCGCUGCCCUGUGCCGACCAUCACUGCGCCACCAUGGAGCACGUUGGCAACGUCAUCUCCUACGUGGACUGGGAGGGCCGACAGCUGUCUCGGGACUUGUCCUUUCGCCGGAGCAGCAUUCUCAAGGCACACUACCUGCUGGCCCGAAUUCACCGGGGACUGCGCGACUUCAUGGACGGCACGUCCAAGACCAAGUUCCUCUUCUUCUCUGGCCACGACAUCAACCUGAUCCCCGUGGCGUCGACACUUGGGUUUGACGAUGGCACCAUUCCCCCCUACGCUUCCCGGAUUGUCCUGGAAGCAUACAGCAAUGCCAAGAAAGAGCGAUUCAUAAGGGUCCUUUACAACGGCAAGGACGUGACUCGUCACACGCACUUUUGCAGGGGCCUCCGUGCCGGUGUCGACACGGAGCUGUGUCCGUUUGGUAAUUUCACCACUUUCCUGCAGCAGGACGUAUUCAAGCUGUUCUCAGCUAAAAGCUUUGCGGCAGCAUGUGGCCUUGAUGGCGCGCACUCUACGCCUACUGCUACGAGUCCAGCCUAAAGAUCGAUGGUCAAUUUAUUGAAGCAGCACUAAAGGUGCAACGGUGCAUCUGUCUAUGCCAAAGAAGUGCAGCUUUCACAUGUUUGUGAUAGAGGACAUACGAGCCUUGCUGCAGUGCGACGUGCGUGAUAUCUUGUUGGCAUCGUUGCUUCAGCCUAUAAGUUUGUAGUUUGUAAUCGCCAUGCAGUCGGAUACGACAGUUGUGAAUUCCAGAUGGUGGGCACAGCACUUUAAUCCAAUGAGAGAGGUCCAGCAUACAUGAAAACUCGUAGCACCUUGAAAGAAUGCAGCUAGCGUACAUCCGGCUUCUGCAAAUUAGACCUUGCCUCAGGAAACAUAUAUUCCACAAAAGGUCGUUUAUAAAUGCUAUAGAAGUUGUUCCAUACAUGACACAAUUAGGCUAAAAAUGUACUGUGCCAGCACAGGAGGCUACAAUGAGUGCUUAAGCUGUUUAAUUGCUUUCCCUGGUCAAGAAGUGGACUUCCUUUCUCAUUCGUUGUUGCAUUGUAAAGUGAUGGUAUAAGUAUGCCCUGCAUAAUGUCGCUACUACCCCUCCUAUACUGCAUUUUGAAGCACAGUCAAAUAGAAAUGCCCGGCUGAAAGGCAUUGCUAUAGCAAUGUGUGACUUAACGUACUCCCAGUGGCUCAAGUGGGAAAACAAGACAUGAGCAGCCUGAUUUGCUUGCUUAAUUUUGCAUUUACUUCGCUGUGUAUGACCUUUAUUUUAAUUUUUUUUGUAACAAAAUCACAUUUAAGCGCUUUGACUGACUCCCAAAUGAGUGUUCCUAUGGUGCUAGGGCAUUCUUUGGCGGUGGCCGUUUGGCGCUGUGGACUCUCAUAUCCAUCACUCUCAUGUUCUUUAUUGUCUAUGUACAACGCUGUAUGACUAAGUGUGAUUACAGUGGCUUUGCAGGCACAAUCGGUCCCAUAUGGCGGCAUCAUUGUCGGUCUAACUACGUGCUUGCAAAUAGUGUCAAAACGAGUGGACCUGUGGUGCCUAACGCACUAGAUGAGAUAGACCGUUGCGUUUAGAUGCUUACGGCUUUGAUUUGCUUGCGGCUAAUCAGUUAUUAUGGAACUCAUGAGUUUAAUUGCUACUGCAAGGACAUUGCGUGUGAGCUUGCAAUUGCGUGUGAGCUUGCAAUGAAGAUACCUGUGCUUAACAUUGUUUCAUCAGCAAUUCAUGCUAAAUAGUUGUUGCAGGCAUGCAAAUGUGCCCCUAAAUUUUAAUAUUAACCUUUUACCAAAUGUCGCCAGUGAUUACAGAAGGAAGUCAUAGGAAGUCCCUUUUUCUUCUUUUUUAAGUAGGACAUAAUGCACUCAUUCUGGUUUUAAUGCUUCAAUUACCUGAAUAUCUAGCCGUCUCAUUGUCAAAUUCGUACUGUGAGAUUAGCCUUGUUUCUUGCAACGAAAAUAUUUGCUAGUUUUUUAAUGUUUGUACAUUGUAGGUCAUUGCUUGUAUGCUAUAGACUGGGAUCACGUCCUUUCUUUGCGAUUCCCGUUUCUGUAUGCUGUGAUAUGUAUAAUCUGUUAUUUACAUACACACAUAUACAUACACCUGAAGUAGAGGGAUGUCGCGUGUGUUCUGCAGCUUGUGUGUAGCCGCCACUUAAGGUACUUGUUGCUGUGCAACUGCGCGAUCCCUUGCUGCAGGUCUCCUCUUAAUAAUUCAGCCAACAGGCUGAUCUUGAAUGCGAUUUACCUUGUCACCACUGCAGUAGAGACUCAAAGCAGGUGGACAGCUGUUGUAUGCUCGUCUUAUAAGUUAUCGUAAGUUGUGUGGUUAUCCGUCACAGUGCAUGACCGACCACACUUCUAAUUUUAGAACCUUUACCAACUCAGCUUCGAACCAUAGCUGCUCUCUAUAAUGGUUGUUGUGGAGUAAAGGAACUGAGCUCUUUGCUCAUCGUACGGCACUCUUAAAAGGCACUGUUCUCUUCCAGUUUCAGUGUUUGUCAGACUAGGAGAGUUCAGUGAAUAUUGGACACUAUGUAAGCUUAUAACCUUCCUCAACAUUCUAGGGUGAAAUCUCACAUCCGCACCCUAUCUCCUUUUCCCUCAUUUAUCAUGCAUGCCUUUGCAAGCGACGGAUUUCCCUGGCAUCAUCUCAUUCUUCUGGAUUCACAUGUUACAGCAAUAAGAAUGUCCUGAAACAUGCCAUGGUGUGCGGGUGUGCUUACCAUUGAGGGCAAUGAAAAACCACGAGUGAAGUCUUCUACGAUGAGGGUAACCUUGACACUUUAGUUUAACUGGCUCCUAUCCUGAUGAGGCAGGGAAAGGUUAGCACAUGCCCUACAGGCAUGAUGAUAUAUCGCUCUAGUGCACAUUUUAACUGGAAAAUGGCUGCGCCGUACAAUUCUUUUUACAGAAAUAUUGACGGAGCAUAAGCUUCCCUUUUUAAUGUCUAGUCAGGUAUGGUUUAAGCAUAUUUUGUUCCUCCGCUGUCUGGAUAAGCUUUUCCUCGAGAGAGGGAGGGAGAGAGAGAGAGGAGGCGACAGAUGUUACGCAGAAAGGCUUGAAGUUACUGCUUCAGUAGCUAUUGUCACGAAUUGAAUUGCAACAUGGCAGCUGUACAAGUACAUUAAACUGCCUAACCUAUAACAGAUGUAUAUGUAUUUCUGAAGUAUUUGCUAGUUUGUGUACAAAUAUGUUAUAAAAAGUAAUGUGUACACAUUUCAGGAACAACAAAAAUACAACUACAAUUACAUUUUAUCUUACUUGAAUUUUAUCACGAGUUGUGACAAGCUGAAAAUAUCACCUUAUGUUUGUUUGUUUUUUUGUAUUGCAUUGAUUGCUUGUGCCAUGUUCACAUGUAAAUGUGUACCGAUCUGUGUUUGUGCUGCCUAAAGCUGCACUCUGGGUAAAGAUCAAGGUGCGAUUUUCAUCAAACUGCUCUGCACGGAUGAAGUUAGCUUCGAUACAUGACU